AUGUCCCUCUCAGAUUUUUACUCUGCUCGUCCAGGAUCUAGGACAAGGCUUCUUCUUAACUUUGGCGACUCCAGGGAUGAUGUUGUUGGCGCCGCAGCCGCUGCUCUUGAUCUUAUAAAGAAUAAGGAAGUGAAAGCAAUACUGGGACCAAGAACUUCUAUGCAAGCUUCUUUUAUGAUCGAGGUAGGCCAAAAAUCUCAGGUGCCAAUUAUUUCAUUUUCCGCAACGAGCCCAUUCCUAGACUCAGGCCGUAGUCCAUAUUUCUUUCGCUCUACUUACGACGACUCAUCUCAAGUGCAAGCCAUAAGUGAGAUCAUUAAGGUGUUUGGUUGGAGAGAGGUGGUGCCUGUGUAUGAGGACAAUGCCUUUGGUGAAGGUAUAAUGCCUGGUCUUACUGAUGCAUUACAAGCUAUCAACAUACGUAUACCUUAUAGGACUGUGAUUUCACCUAAUGCAACUGAUGAUGAAAUAUCUAAUGAGCUUCUUAAACUGAUGACUAAACCAACUAGAGUGUUUGUGGUUCAUAUAAACCGGUUCCUUGCUUCAAGAUGGUUUCCAAAAGCCAAGGAAACAGGUUUAAUGAAAGAAGGGUAUGCUUGGAUCCUCACUAAUGGAGUUAUAGAUAAUCUUGGUUUGAUGAAUGAAACCGAUAUUAUAGCAAUGCAAGGUGUCAUAGGGAUAAAGACUCAUUUUCCGAUAUCUAAAGAGCUCAAAACAUUUAGAUCAAGAUUGGCUAAGGCGUUUCCGGUUUCCGAGUUGAAUGUCUAUGGAGUGAGAGCUUAUGAUGCAACCACAGCGUUGGCAAUGGCUGUUGAAGAGGCAGGAACAAGUAACAUGACUUUCAGCAAGAUGGAUGGUAGAAACAUAUCUGACCUAGAAGCACUUAGUGUCUCACAAUAUGGUCCAAAGCUUAUCCAUGCACUCUCAGAGAUUAAGUUUAAAGGACUUGCUGGUGAUUAUUAUUUCACUGAUAGACAGCUUCACGUAUCAGUGUUUGAGAUUGUCAAUGUGGUCGGCACUGGAGAAAUGAUGGUAGGAUUCUGGUCACAGGAGAAAGGACUGGUAAGAGAUUUGAGUCCAAGUUCAAGAACUACAAGAACUUUCUCUACUUGGAGAGAUCAUCUGAACCCGAUUGUAUGGCCUGGAUUUACCACUACUGUUCCAAGAGGAUGGGAGAUACCAACAAACGGGAAGAAGUUGAAAAUUGGUGUUCCUGUUGAUACUUUCCCUCAGUUUGUGAAAGUCAAGAAGGACCCUAUAACACAUGAAACCAUAGUAACAGGUUUUUGCAUUGAUUUCUUUGAAGCUGUUAUUCAAGCGAUGCCUUAUGAUGUCUCUCACAGAUACAUUCCUUUUGGAGAUCAAGAUGGCAAACCUUACGGUAACUUCAACGAUUUGUUGCACCAAGUCUAUCUCGGGGUAUAUGAUGCUGUGGUGGGUGAUACGACAAUACUGGCAAAUAGAUCCUCCUAUGUUGAUUUCACUUUGCCAUACACAACAUCUGGUGUAGGCAUGGUUGUCCCUCUAAAAGACAGUGUGACAAGAAGUAGCUUGAUCUUCUUAAGACCUUUGACAUGGGGACUUUGGGUUACAGCACUUUGUUCUUUUUUUGUUCUUGGUAUUGUUGUGUGGAUUCUUGAACAUAGGGUGAACACAGACUUCACUGGACCUUGGCUAUAUCAAAUCAGCACUAUGUUCUGGUUUGCCUUCUCCAUCAUGGUUUUUGCACCCAGAGAAAGAGUGUUGAGCUUAUCAGCAAGGGUGGUGGUUAUCUCCUGGUACUUUAUUGUUCUUGUCCUGACUCAAAGUUACACUGCUAGUUUGUCAUCUCUUCUUACAACACAACAGCUUAAUCCAACUGAAACUAGCAUGAAGAACUUGCUUGCAAAAGGCCAAGAGGGGCCUGUUGGAUACCAAAGAGAUUCCUUCAUCUUGGGGAAACUAAGAGAAUCAGGUUUCCCAAACUCUAGACUCGUGCCGUUUAACUCCGCAGAGGAAUGUGAGGAGCUUCUUAGAAACGGCCCAUCAAAAGGUGGUGUUUCUGCAGCUUUCAUGGAAGUACCAUACGUGAAAGUCUUUCUUGGACAAUACUGCAAGAAUUAUAGAAUGGUGGAGGUUCCAUUUGAUGUCGACGGGUUUGGUUUUGUGUUCCCAAUAGGGUCACCUCUAGUGGCUGAUGUAUCAAGGGCCAUUUUGAAAGUGGCUGAGUCUAACAAAGCAACUCAACUUGAAGAUUCAUGGUUCAAGAACAUAGAUGAAACUUGUCCUGAUCCAAUCACUAAUCCUGAUCCAAACCCAACAGUCACCUUUCGCCAGCUCGGCCUCGAUAGUUUCUUGGUUCUGUUUGCUACUGCUGGUGCCGUCUGGUUCAUUGCCUUGUUGAGAUUUGUGGUCUAUUUCUUAAUAAAGAAUAGGGAUAUACUGAGAGAUAAUAGAACCCAUUGUCAAAGAAUGAAGAAGAUGUUGCAAAGAUUCAUGGAGAGUGAUGAUAGAUCAUACAUAAAUGACGUGAAACCCACAUGUCCAAGUGUAGUAACACCACCUAGGCAGCAGAACACUGGUCCUGGUCAGGGAGACAACUAA